ACUAGACAUGUGACGUCCUUGCGCAGAGUCCUUGUGCAGAGUUUGGUCUUGAGUAGUUUAUGAAAACUGUUACUUUUGUUGCGCUGGCGUGGAACAUUUCCGACUGACAUGUUUCUGUACCUCCUUGGACUGGUGGUGUUUUACUACUUGUACCGCUGGUUCCGGGAGAUCCCCAGAGUCCCAGACAAAGGAGACAAAUAUGUCUACAUCACGGGGUGUGACUCUGGUUUCGGCAACCUACUGGCCAGACAUCUGGACGAGCUGGGUUUCUGUGUGAUCGCAUCCUGCUUCACAGAGAAGGGAGAGGAAGAUCUGAGGAAGGCCUGUUCAGGCAGAUUCACCACCCUCCACCUGGAUGUCAAAAAGAACGAGAGCGUCGACAAAGCAGCUGCUUUGAUUAAAGACAAAGUUGGGGCUAGGGGCCUGUGGGCUGUGGUGAACAACGCAGGCGUGGCCAUGCCCUCGGCCCCAUGUGAUUGGCUGACCAUUGAUGACUACAAGUCCAUGCUGGACGUGAACCUGAACGGGGUCAUCGCAGUCACCCUGAGUGUGCUGCCCCUCAUCAAGAAGGCCAGGGGUCGCGUGGUCAACGUAGCCAGUGUGUUCGGCAGGAUCAGUCCAGGUGGAGGACCUUACACUGUGUCUAAGUUUGGAGUCGAGGCCUUCAAUGACAGUCUCAGGAGAAACAUGGUACCUUUCGGAGUCAAAGUCCUCUGCAUUGAGCCAGGCUUUUUCAAGACCACCAUGACCGACUGGAUAGUCCUGGGGAAAAGCUUCAAGCAGCUGUGGGAGAAGAUGCCACAAGAAGUCAGAGAUGAUUAUGGACAUGAUUAUUUGGACAAGGUGGAGGUGAGGAUGAGGGAGAAGCUUGACAAGAUGUCCGACGCCGACCUGAUGAAGGUGGUGAGCUGUAUGGAGCACGCUGUCGCUGCAGUCCGUCCUCGCACCCGUUACUCGCCAGGGUGGGACGCCAAGUUCUUCUGGAUCCCGAUGUCCUACAUGCCAACCAGGUUCGUUGACUGGCUACUGCUCAAGAAAGCCAUCAUUCCAGCCAAGGCUGUCUACUAAGGCUGACGUAAGAUUGCCAGUGUUUAUAUACUGUCAGAACAAAUACUUUAUUGUGCUGUGCUACUGCUUGUCUUCAAUGUAUAAAACACUUUUUGUAUCCUACGGUGUGCAGGCUGAAAUACAGUAUGAUGUAAGCUUUGCUACAGACAUGGUUUAAUCUCUGACAAAUAAAUACAUUCCAAAAUUGCUAUUUGGUA